CCCAGUUCUGGGCACAGAUCCUUCUCCAAGUCAAUACGGCGGCUAAUGGAGCCAUUAGCUUCUAACCGCUGGAGCCUUCUCACAUUCAUCUUCCUGCUCCUCCUCCUCAUUCAUCCUUCUCUUUCGAUCUACUGCGACGAAGACGAUUGCUACGAUCUUUUAGGGGUCACUCAAAGCGCCAAUGCCUCCGAGAUCAAGAAAGCUUACUACAAGCUCUCUCUAAAACAUCACCCGGAUAAAAAUCCGGAUCCCGAAUCGAAGAAGUUUUUUGUGAAGAUUGCAAAUGCUUAUGAGAUAUUGAAAGAUGAAGCCACGAGGGAGCAGUAUGACUAUGCAAUUGCACAUCCAGAAGAGGUAUUCUACAAUACAGCAAGGUACUACCAUGCUUACUACGGCCAUAAGACAGAUACUCGUGCUGUCCUUGUGGGUCUUCUUUUGAUUCUCUCGGGAUUUCAGUAUCUUAACCAGUGGACAAGGUAUAACCAGGCCAUUGACAUGGUGAAGAAGACUCCAGCUUAUAAAAAUAAGCUAAAAGCUAUGGAACUUGAACGCACUGGGGGAGUAACACACAAGAAGAAGGGUAACAAGCAGAUGAACAAGCAAUUGGUGGAGGAUCUGAGCAAGGAACUUGAGCUGCAGAUAAAAGGAGCUGAAAAGCCUUCUCUUUGGGAGCUUCUUGCUGUUCGUGUCAUUUUACUGCCUUACACUAUGGGAAAGCUGUUGUUAUGGUAUGGGCAUUGGUUGUGGCGGUACCAAGUGAAACAAAAACCAUAUUCUUGGGAAGAUGCCUCCUAUCUUACUAGAAGAUCUCUUGGGGUACCUUUUGACUCGUGGAAAGACAUAGGUGAAUCAACAAAGGACGAUCUUGUCCAAAGACGUCUGUGGGUAAAAGCCAACUUGGAUAGCUACCACGCUGAGAUGAGGAAAGAAUCAAAGCGUCGAAGAUAAGAGAUAACUCGGAGAAUCUUAAGAUACAAUUGCAGCAUUGGUUGCCUUGGUUCAAAUCUACAGUAUGUUACUUUCGAGAGAAUUUUGAUAGUCAAUGUAGCAACAACCUUAAUCACUAUUAUACACAACACUGGGCCCGGGCAGGAUCCCCUCCAGCCCCAACAAACUAAUCUAUACACGAACAACAUAUUGCAGGAAUGGAUGCAAUGAUUAUUAUAGUUACUGAACUGUUGUAAAAUCUACUGGAAAGCCUCUGAUGGCAAUAAUUAGAAUUUUAUUCAUUUGUCUUGGUAGUA